UUGGGAGUAUGAAUAUCCGAGUGAAAUCUGGAUCACCUGGAAUUAUUCCCUGUCUAUAUGAUAAAAAACAUAAAGAAAACCGUAAAUACUGGUGUAAGGGGACACAUUGGGUUUCGUGCCAAAUACUGGCAUAUACAAAUGAGCCAGGAGAAUAUUCCCUCACUGAUUAUCCAGAACAGAGUAUUUUUACAGUGCAGUGGAAGAAUCUGAAGACCUCAGACUCUGGAUAUUACUGGUGUGCUGUUGAGAUCGGUGGCUCUAACACUGUAGACGCCGGUUAUUGUUUGUAUCUGAAGGUUCAGUCAGCUCCUGAUGUGUCUGUGGUGAGCAGCAGUGUCUCUGGACAUGAAGGUGGUGAUAUCAGUGUUCAGUGUCUCUACAGUUCUGGAUAUCAGAAUAAAGUCAAACAGUGGUGCAGAUAUAAAGAUCAGAGAUGUUACACAGUGGGGAGGACUGACACAUCCCAGAAUCCAUCAGUGCAGAUCAGAGAUGAUGAUGAGAGAAGAUCCUUCACUGUACUGAUGACUGGACUGAGACGGACUGAUUCUGGCUGGUACUACUGCUCUGUAGGAGAUCUGCAGGUUCCUGUUCAACUCACAGUCACUGAACCCAAAAGAGCAUUCACAAGUAUUCCAGCAGCUCCACCAACUCCCUCUGAGGCAGACAUAGACACAACACAACAAUCUACCAACAGGAAUCCUACAAAUAUGACAACUGAUUCAAGACCAGAAACACACAAGCGUGAUGUGAUUCUGCUCUUGUGUCUUCUCGCAAUGCUUGUGCUGUUACUGCUGGUUACUCUUGUUGCCAUAGUAACUUGGAGGCUGAGAAAAAAGCCUGAGAGGGGUCAAAAUAAAGAAAACCAAAUGACAUCCAGCAGUCCAGCAGAUGCUGCUUCUUCUGCCUCGGUGGAUGAUAAUUCAGUGAUUUACAGUUCUGUGAUUACUUUUCAUAAAGCACCUUCAUCAUCAGUGAAUCCAGAAACUGAUGUGAUCUACAGCUCUGUGAAACUAACACCCAAGGCUGUGUGUUAAUAAUAAGGUGUUACUUCUGCUUCUUCUGAAAGAAGUUUAGAAAGGGGAAGUCAGUAAUUGUAAAUUUAACAACAGAUCUAUUUUACAGUUUCAGUAUAAACAGUGUGAAGGUUCAGUGCUUAACCAAUGCAGCUGAAAAGUGUGUCAGUGUUUUAAAUGUAUGCUGAUUGGCAAUUCUGUGAAAACAAAAUGAAUAAUUUGAACUUUAAAGUACAUAGUUAUGAAGCGUAUUUCUGAAGUAUUCCAGAAUUAAUUGAUGACCAAUCAACCUUUUAAAAAGAUUCACAAUAUUCUUCAAUCUUUCUUAUGCUUUCUUCGAAGUCCA